AGGCAUGUGUCUGUGUCGGUAGAUCGGUAGUGUCUUGUGUUCAAUCAUAGAAUUAAAUUAUUCUGUGGUUCAAUCCAACUUGGUUUACUUCCUUCAUUCUUUGCACGCAACGGUAUUUUAUUUACUUUUCUUUUCUUUUGUCGAAGUCGCCUUCAUGGCUGAAAUUUUACCCGAACUCCAUGAUGAUCCUGGUUCUGCUGAAGAACCUCCAAAUCAUCAAGAAAUCAUAUCUGAUGGAAUUGCCUCUGAUACUCAAGUCAAGCAUGAGGCAUGUGUCGAUGAGUCUAAGGUCCUUAACACCCAUGAAGCCGAUGUGAAAAAUAACAUGUGCGAUGAGGAAAGAACAAAUGUGAAAGCCUCAUCACAACCCAAUGAAGUGUCAGAAGAACGCAAUCCCUUUGCAUACCUGGAGCGGGAUAAUUUUACAGCUGAAAAGUUCAAACUCAUGAUCAGGAACCUGCCAAAAUACUACGGUAUUAAUGAAUUCAAGAAACUGAUGUCGCAUAAACUGAAAUUAAACCCAAGUAAGCUUAAACCACCAAAAAAUAACAGACGAAACAUGGGUUCCCCGUGGAUGUAUGUUUGUUUUAGAUCAGAUGAGGACAGGCAGAAAGCAUUGGAGGUUCUCAAUAACUUUGAGUGGAAGAAGAAAACCCUGUCUGCACAGCUGGCAGAUGCAUGUCCAGACCCUCUUGUAAAGAGGAGACUAGAAGAAGACCAAGAGGCUAAUCCUAAAAAGCCAAAACUUGCCUUUGAAUCCCAGGAUGAAGCGCUAAAGCACAGUGUGGUCCCCUUAUGUAAUUUACCUUAUGAGAAACAAGUACAAUCUAAAGAAGACAAAGCAAGAGAAAUCUUACGGAACAUCAGCACUCAGCUAUCCUUUGCAAACAAAGAUCUAACUGAUCAUUUGAAGGAACAAAAGGAAAAGUUCAAUGGUAUGCCUUGUGAAUUUUUGGGUGUUCGAACUGCUCAUGAUCGUCUGGAAGGAUAUCGUAACAAGUGUGAAUUUACAAUAGGUCUCGAUGAAAAUAAACGAAAAACAGUUGGUUUUCGUUUAGGAACCUACGCUCAAGGAACUAAAUUAGUGGCACCAAUUCCUCCUGAUUUGGUGAAUGUUCCUGAGGAAAUAAAACAAGCUGUUUGGCUUUUUGAAAAAUAUGUUCAAAAUUCAUCAUUGGAUAUAUAUGAUCCAGAACAUCAUUCUGGCCAUUGGCGCAUGCUUACAGUGCGGAAGAGUUUUGCCAUGAAUCAGUUGAUGCUGAUAGUUCAGGUGGAUCCACAAAGUCUCUCGGAGGAUGAGAUUUUAAAACUUCAAACUGACCUUGUGGACUAUUUUACUAUUGGUGAAGGCAAAUCUUGCAAUCCUACCAGCAUCUAUUUUCAGACUCAUUGUGCCAGGGAGGAUCGCAAAAACAAGAAGUCAUCCUACAAACUUAUCUACGGAGAAAGCGUCAUCCUUGAAAAAUUGCGAGGGUUGACCUUUGAAAUUUCACCGGAUUCUUUUUUUCAAGUAAAUGUCGCUGGAGCUGAGCUUUUGUACGAAGCUGUUGGAGAUUUAGCCCAAGUCAAUCCGUCCACCUCUGUCUUAGAUGUAUGUUGUGGAGCAGGAACAAUAGGCUUGUCUUUGGCUCAGAAUGCUAAAUGGAUAUUUGGUCUAGACAUCGACACAGAUGCGAUAGAAGAUGCAACAAGAAAUGGGAAGCGGAAUAAUGUCUCCAACUGCUCAUUUUUUUCCGGACGAGCAGAACAAAUCCUGUCAUCUGUGCUUAUGAGAGGCCCUGAUAAACAUGAGGAUAUAGUUGCAAUUGUUGACCCCCCGCGGGCCGGAUUGCAUCGAGACGCGGUAGCAAUGUUGAGAAAAACAGAAAAGUUGAACAAACUGGUCUAUUUGUCUUGCAACCCAACUGCGAAAUCAGUGAUGGAAAACUUUGUGGCUCUUUGCCGUCCACCCUCGAAAACACUACAAAAUAAUCCAUUCUUUCCUCGGAGAGCUGUUGUUGUUGAUAUGUUUCCGCAUACUCCUCAUUUUGAACUUGUUGUUUAUUUUGAACGACUUGACGACUCAACGCUUUUGAUGAACGAAAAUAACCUUACAGCCAAUCUUGAAUCCUGAAGUUAACAGGGUUUAAAUAACUGUACUUAGGUUUGCUUUGAAGAAUUUAUCAUUUUAAAGUCUUCCAUACAAUACUUCAUCCGAGAAAGAAUUUUUGAUUGAACAGCGCCACCAAAAGAAAUAUGUGCUCUGAAAGUAAUUGAUCAGAGCUCACUGGAAGAUUUUUUGGUACAAGCAACCAGUAAAAACUUAGCUCCAAAUCAUCAACAGCGACAACUAGAGAUCCAACAGAUCUAAGGCAAGAGCGUUCUUAUGUGGGAAUCGAUGGAGAACUACCUAUAAAUUGGCUGAUCAAUGAGAGGAAACCCUUUGGGAGUCAGAAAGGUUCCAUUGACUAGUACAUUUUGUUUGUAUUUUUUUAUGGUUGUCUUUGUAAAUAGAUAUUUUUGUUUUUAAGAUGGA